AUGGAAUUUGUGUUGUGGGAUGCGUUUCCCAUUCCGUUAUUCAAAUGGAUAGAUUUUCAAGGUCAUGUAAAGUUGAUGAAGAAGACGUUUAACGAUAUCGAUUCGAUUUUUCAAAAAUGGUUAAACGAACAUGCGAAGAGGAGAGAUACGUCGUUAAUGGAGUUCAAUGGCAGUGGUAACGAAACAGAUUUCAUUGAUGUGAUGCUAUCGAAGAUGAGCAGUGAACAUCUCCAUGAAGGUUAUUCUCGUGAUACCGUUAUCAAAGCAACAGUUUUUUUUGAUAUUGAUUUUCGUGGUCAAGAUUACGAGUUCAUUCCAUUUGGUUCUGGAAGACGAUCUUGUCCCGGAACGACCUGUGCGUUGCAAGUGGAGUACCUAACGAUAGGUCAUUUGAUCCAAGGUUUCGAUUAUAAAACUCGAUUGGAUGAGCCUUUGGAUAUGAAAGAGGGACCUGGUAUGACCAUGCGUAAGGUAAAUCCUGUAGAAGUAAUAAUAACGCCUCGUCUCACACCUGAUCUUUAUAAAAUUUAA